AAUUAAUAAUAAUAUACGGUUAUUAUUAUAUGUUGUACAUUUUAUUGUUGUUAUUAUUAUUUUUAUUUUUAUUUUUAUUAUUCGCCCAUAGAUAAUUGUAACGCAGGCGACCACAUACAUAGGUGUACCGUGUGCGACGGAGACGAUGCACCUCUGGGUUUCCGAUCUAUGUGCAUUUUUCUUCCCCUUCUAGCCGUCGGAAAAUGCUCUGCCUGUUGUUGUUCAGCACCAGUUCCAUCGCAGACACCAAAAACACAAUCCACUCGUUUCCGCCGACUGUUAUGACAGUGUCUCGUCGUUCGCGCACCGUAUCACAGAUCUGCACUGAUCGGCCGUGGAGUUUCACCAGAGUAGCAGUCAGUCCACAUUGAAUAAAUUAACGACAGCCGUAACGUUAUACCUGUCCGGGUACCUAAUCGUCUCGCUUCCCAACCGCCGACAUAUACCCUAGGUACCUACACACACGUACGGUUCACACUGCCAACCGACACAAUGAGCUCGGCUCAAGAAACGCUUGAUCUCAUAACGUUCGAAACGUUUUCGCACGCCUUUCCCAGAUCCAACGAAAUAUGCUAUGAUGUGAUGCGUUUUGAUUAUCCCGUACAACUGUCCGAAAUAAGAAUCAUCCCGUCGUCCAUGGUCAUGAACACAUCAAGCGGUGAAGUACCAGGAUCAACAAACCCGACAAAGUUUUCAGUACAGUUUUACAUCAACAACAUAAACAACGAGUCGGCUACGACGUUCGAAAACUUGGGCACGUUUGAAUAUGACGCCAACGCCAACAUCCAGUACAAAUGCAAUAGCAGAAUCUGGUCGGACCGAUUGAUUGUGAGCGGAUCGUACACGACCAUAUCGAUAGCCACAUUCGGAUCGUUGUGCGUGGACCCUGCCGUUGCUGCGGGCAACAGGACGACCGCUGGCUACGAUUUCGAUUCAAACAUCACGUCGUAUAUGUCCCAGUUGAAACUCAGCUCAAACACCAAAAACAACGUGUGAAAAACACACAUCGUUCACCACACGCUUCCCCUCUACUUUCCCCCCACCCCUAUUCUAUAAAAUUACCAUGGUUAAAAUAAUUAUCUACGAUUCGUCUGCGCUUUAUACGACAGAUUUAUUUUUCUAAUCGGUCAUUUUGCUCUUUGUUUUUCUUUUAUAAUGUUCCUAGUACAGAACAUAAUAAUGUUAUAAUAAUAUUCUAAACAUAUCGUAAUAGUUUUAUUUUUUUUUUUUUAUAUAUUUACUAUAAUAUAUUUUUGUUAUUCUAAUAUCAUAUUUUUUGUUCGAUGGAACACAACACACACACACACAAGCUAUGAAUUCACGUUUUGGAAUCAUUAUAUUUAAUACACGACUGAUGAAAAAAAUAAAAUAACAUAACCAAUUGAUCUCGUUACUUAUACAAUAUAAUGAUGUAUAAUAUUAUUAUGUAUUUAUAUGUAUUUUUUUUUAUCUACACGUGUUUUCUUUAGUGUUAGAAAAAUAAAAAUUACCAUAUAUUGUAUCCGUUUUG